AUGUUGGAGAUAAAAAGGAGAAAGCUGUCGUUAAUGGAGAAACGUUUGGAGAGUGAGAGUGACGGUGCGAACAGUUUGAAUAAAGACGAGGAUUACUUAUUCAUCAAAAGCAUUCUACCGUAUAUGAAAAAAUUGACAGAAGUACAAAAAUUACAGUUACGUGGCAAAAUCAAUGAUUGGCUUAUGGAAGCCAUGAAACAAAAUGAACGUAGUGUUAGUGGAUCUACAUCAGUGGACUGUAUGAAGAGAGAAUCGAAUUGGGAUUGA